CAUGUGAUCCGAACAAAAUGGCGGACGACGAUGAAAUGCGAAAACCGAAAGUUACGUUUUCGUGAUAGCUAAUAAACCAACGAACAAAAAUGGUGAAGGUUCUAAAAUGUUACAACUUUCGCAAGUCGCACAUAAUAGAAAACCUGUCUUCUGAGCCGCGGUGUUUCGCUUCUGGGGCCAAUUUUCUUUUUGCGGGAUCGAGCGACUGUCGAGUGGAAGUUUUUAAACGACAGCAGACAAAUUCGUGGUCAAAAUAUUGCUUCUUUCAAACUGGCGCCCAUGUUGAGCAAAUUGAGUACAAUAUAACAGGAGAUUAUAUUGCCACCAUUGAGAGAAAGUCGUCCCGGAUAAGUGAAGUUGUGUCAGUUAAAGUGUAUCUCAACUGGCACAUAGCUAACACCGAUGUGAACUAUAGGACUAGGGUGAGAGUUGCAGGUCUUGGGUACAAGAGUACUAAUGUUCAGACAGGACAAAGACUGGAAGUAGUAGAUGUGAUAAGUGAAAAGCCAGCUUCAUUCCUGUCGUCAUGUCAGGAGACCAGCAACCUUGCAAUUGCCUUCCACAAUCAGAUUCGUCUAUACCAACUUGUGGAGAAGACAAUCACAAAUUCAAAUACCAUUUUUGUUGAUGUCAUUGUUUUUCUGGAACUUACAUUUUGCCACACGUUAACCAAGCUGAGUUUGUGCGAAGAAUUCUUGACAUGCAGUUCAACAACUUGUGUGCAGGUCUUUAAGAUCCACAUUGCGAGUGCCCCUGAUGAUCUGUCACUGCGUCCAGUGGAAGGUCAAACUGUUCAAUCACCAUCACUGAUAAGGAGGAAAACUUCCAGUGUUUUAUCUAGUCGCAAUAUUCAACAACAACUUAGCAGGUCCAAAGAAAAGACAAUUGUUAAGAGCACAAUAUUGGAACAGGCCAAGUUUUCAUCAGUAGGAGAAAGGAGUUCCACUACUCCCAGUCCAUUACUGAACCAGGCUUCCAAGAAUGUUAAAUCCGUUUUUGAGGACGAUGCAGAUUUCGUUCACUGGACAUUUGACCUUACCCCUGACAGCAAGGUCAUGACACAGCCAGCUGGUGCUAGGGGAGUUAGUAACCAUGACAACGCAACUCUGCGACUUAAAGGCUUAGAGAGGUUGGGAAAACACAGGGAACAAGAACCUUUUUUGCCAGAAAUCAAGGAUCUUCAAGGCGGCAACCACUUGACAACAGGCAGGACAACUCUUGUUCAGGUUCUCCACCGUUAUCUUGAGAAGAGGGGUGGUUCAUGGGUUCAUCUGCAGCUACUUCCGUAUUAUCAGCUGGGUCGAGAUCCCAGUGGUGGUAUUCACAGCGGUGGUGUGCCUGUGCAUUCAGCCCGUAGACAGAGCCUGGUGGGGAUGUCAUGCCUUGUGUCCAGCUCUCGCCAUGGUCACAUGUUCACAGUGCUAUCUGACCCUGUACUUCUAUCCACGUAUGAAUAUGCCAUGGAUGCCAUACAGGUUGAGUCCAAUGGACAUCUUGUGUUUGCAUUAUCCAAUAACACCCUGGAGGUAUUCACCAGUCGCAGUCAGAUUGCCGCAGUACACAGCAUGGAGACAUUUAACAAUAUUACCAAGACCUGUCCGAGGCUGGAUGUGGAGAUAUGCAUAUGUGGUGUACAGCAAUUCUUUGGACCCAAGUGUAUCACUCUGGGAAACGGAUAUGUGGCACUGUUCAACAAAUAUGAGAGUGUCUGGAAUAUGAAUGUGAUGGAGGAACCAUUGAUAACGGAGCUCUACAGGGACAUGGUUCGGUUCGGAAAAAAAAAUCAGGAAUUAGCUGCCCUAACAUAUGAGCACCUGCUGCUUGAGGGUCACAUGCUACUGCAGGGCAGUUUGAUUGGUCAGGAGCUCAGCCAAUCAGAAUUCUUGGAAGUGAAUGAACUCAUAAAGGAAUCUGCAGCCCUUCUUGGAGAGUUUUAUGCCUUGUAUGUCAGGAUGAAUGCCAGACAAAAACACUCCCAGACAAAAACCCUCCCAUCUGACUGUCUCGGUUGGCACAAUUGUCUCCCUUACUGUCUGAUGUCCAGCUUACCAGUGACGGUCAUGGUGCAGAGAAUACUUGACAGGAGAGCUCUUUUUAAACUGGGUUUUAGUCCUGGAAUGACCCAAUACUUGAAGUAUGUACUGUUCCUUAAUGAAGAUCCUUUGGAAAACUCAGUAGCUGAAGGUGAUCAAUUGCUGAACAUUUGCUUGGAGACAAUGCCAGAGGCAUUACCUGAUGUUUUACUGAUCUCACGUCUGAAAACAUUUUCACCAAAGUUAGGCAUUCAGCUGUUAAAGUCAGCUUCAAAGAGCCGCAAGAAGUUUGAUUCAACCUCAAGCACAACUGAGAGACUUGCAAUGGUGUCACUAAAUCUACAGCUGUGUGAACCAGAUGCUGCCAUGGGACUACUUUCUUCUAUAGACAAGCGGGCUCUCAUUGAAGCAUGUGUGGGUAAUCAUCAAAUCCUUCUGGACGGCCUGAGAGAGUUCUCUCCCUUAGCACAGUUGCUGCGAUGUCACAAUUCCGACCUCCUGAUUACAAUACUCGUAGAGCUUCAUGACAAGGGAUCUGUACCAAUGGACCUGGCUAUUGCUUUGCUCCAGGGCAGGUCGAAUGCAAAAGCUAUCCACAGAAAUACUCAUGUGAUGGCAUACUUGGAAGCUGUGGUUUCUGAUGAAAGACGGAAGUUCAGCUAUGAGGAAGCUGUGACCCAACUCUGUGAGAUUUACAUACAUCGAAUGGUAGACUGGGAGCCACCUUCAGUCAGAGAGCUUUCCACUUCAAUGAAAUUUAAGCUGCCGAGUGGCGGCCAUUUUGGGAGACGUCAUCAUUGGCUGGACCAGCUUCCACCAUUUUCUGGUUUCCGGUCCAUCACAAGCACCUGCUCCUAUGUGGUUCCCAUGGACAGCAGGCGAGCUGGGAAACAGGCCCAACAUCUGCUGCAGUGCCAGAAGACGGACAAAAUGUGCACUUGCUUCUUGUGUAAUGAAGACUUACUGAAACUGCAGUCCCUGCUUUGCUAUGGUGACAUUUCCACUAUGGCCUGUGGAAAGCUGCUUAGUUUGCUAGACAAAUAUAGCAGUGAGUUGAGCACCACCUCUCUACGUGUGCUGUGUUACCUGGCUACAGACAUGGAUGAGGCCAUGUUGAUCAUAGUGCGACAGUUUCCCUUGGUGGCUGGCGAGUUUGCGGCAGCUGUGUUCAAGACCGAUACACUGAAGUGGGAGCAUUUGCUGGGCCUCCUCCUUGCAGUUAUUAAGGCAUCAAACAGCACUGACAACAAGAGUGAUCCCCAGCAGAACGUGAAAGCACUGAAAGACGUUUUAUCAGAAAUGGCCCACCAUUUGAAACCAGAAGCACUAAUAAAUCUGCUACCAGGAGACGGCAAUUUUUUCUUCUUCAUGCCCUUCAUUCAACAGUGUCUAGCAGUGAACAAGUCAGCGCUGUUGAAGGAACGAUUUGUCGAGCUGGGUGAAAACCUCCAAUCAAGAUCAGCGCAAUAAGGCUGAAUAUAGAACAAUUGGCCAAGGUCUCGGGACUUUUGUCAUGCAUUUAUGCCGCACUCUGUGAAAAGUCAUGAUAGGAGGAACGGAUGUGUGUAGAGUGUUGUUUGCAUAUUAACCUGAUUUGUCCUCACAGGGACAACAUGCCAUGUUAAAAUGAAUUUAUUCCUUUAUAGGAGUUUUUUCUUAUUGAAAGUCCGGCCUUGGACAAAACUUUUCACAGGUGUACUAUAGCAUGUUUUCACAGACUGCUGUUCAAGUUAUAACCGAGAGAUGUGUGUAAUGGCCAAUUGAAUCAGGUUUUUUUUUCUUUUAUGUAGUUAGUUUCGCUGUUUUUUUAUUGGUCAUUAAUGUCUAUUUAGUUUUGCCGUUUAAAUGCAACACGUUCACAUUCUUUACACGUAUUAAGUGUUACAAUACAGACAUGAAUCUUUUGAUGAGUCAAAUAGAUAUGACUUGUUCCUUGUGCAAUAACCAAUGAAUUUAUUUGAUAUAAAACUUA